CACAACAAUGUCAGCUGGGAGCCUGAGAAGACGAGGACUCAGGUGUAUGAAGGAGGAAGGAUGGCCGAGGAGUUUGACGAGCACAACCUGCAUGAACUUUAUUCCUGGGUGGACAAGAUCCCUCUCUCCCGACCCAAGAGGAACAUCGCCCGCGACUUCAGCGAUGGAGUGCUGACCGCCGAAAUUGUAAAAUUCCAUUUCCCUAAGCUGGUAGAGAUGCACAACUACAUCCCAGCCAACUCCAAACAACAGAAGCUCAGCAACUGGGCCACCCUGAACCGGAAAGUUCUGAGUAAAUUGAACUUCUCAGUCCCAGACGAUGUGAUCCGGAAGGUUGUACAGUGCUCGCCGGGAGUGGUGGAACUGGUAUUGAACACACUGCGGCAGAAGAUCGAGGAGAAGCAGAAACAGAUCCAGGCAGCUGGAGACACACCAGGGGAGCCGAGUCCUCGGCCUCAACCCGCCAAUAACACAGAGCCAGGUUAUUCUUCAAAGCAGAAGAGUAAUGGUGUGGAGAGCAGCCCCCGAGCAGCUCCGAAGGGUGAAAAUGGCAGCAAGCAGAAUCAGGGAUAUGCUCACGGAGCCAACGCCGACACCAGUCUCCGUAUACAGCUGGCCGAAAAGGAGCAGGCGCUGCUAGAAGCACAGGAAAACAUCCAGAUUUUGCAGGCAAAGCUACGGCGGAUGGAGCAGCUCGUCCACCUGAAGAACGUCCGAAUCGACGACCUAACCCGACGCAUGCAAGAGGCCGAGAAAAAAUAACGCUUUUCAUGUAUGACAGUUGACAGCCGCAUUCUCCAUACCCUGCUUCCUGUGUUUUAUAUUUUAUACUAUUAUUUUAUUUGCUUUUUAUUUAUUUCUUACACCGCGGUGGCCCUGAGAUUUAAAGUGUGUAAAUGUGCUUCAUUUUGAAAUAUCACACAUCUGAAUUAUUCAACGUCAUCAUAAAACACAAUAAAAAAGUGUAGAUUCCAGGCAGAACCGAACUAAACUUUUAGGCCUCAUGCGCA